CGGAUAUAUAUCACACAGCAAUGAAGAUUAAUCUACUCGUAGCAUUGGCACUAUCGUUGGGAUCGGUCGGGUCCGCCUCGCUUAUCUCGACAAGGCCAGGGAAGGUCGAGCAGCAGCAGCAAGAGUUUGUCAACUCUGCCCUGCCCUUGGUGGUCCUCGGCUACCUGCACGAGGUUGCCUCAGCAUACCGCCAAGUACAUCCAACCAGCAUUGCCCGCCUUGAUAGUCAAGCCAUGUCGGAGUCUGCCGGCCACCAGUCUGAAAGCACUGUUCCAAAUGUGGGCGAGCUUGGUGCGUUGCUGGCAGAGCUCGACGAGCUGGGCUUCUCGAUCGGCUCGAGCCAGGUGGAUCAGAUGAAGAGCGUUAUGAGCGAGAUGCACACGGCAUCGUUCCUCGACAGGGAGAUAUCGGCACCGGGCGAGGUUUUGCGGAUCCACCAGUCGAUUGCAGAGAACGUCGAACAACCCAAGUGAACUCUCGCUGAACGGCUGCGCAGAAUAAGCUUAUCUGCUCUUUGAAGAUUCUUUUUGUGCAAUGGACUGUCCACAGAAA